UCAUCAAGCCCUUGAGUCUUAAAGAGCCCCAUCCCGACCAUGGAAAGAGUCAUUCUUCUCGCUCGCACUCUCAUGCUCUCUCCAUCUUAGCGCUCAUCCCGCUGCCUGCCUGCCUGCCUGCCUGCCUGCGCUGCUCUCUCUCUCUCUCUCUCUUUCUCUCUCUCUCGCUCUCUCUCCCUCUCACCCCCCUUUACCUCUCUGUCUAUCUGUCCCUCCCCCCUCUUCACUCUCUCCCUCUCUCCCUCCGUCAUACACACGCAUUCACUUACAGACACUCAGACACACACUUUUUCCUCUCUUACCCACGCAUAUAUACAUAAACACACACGCUCACACACAUGCUUACGCACACGCGCGCCCACUCAAUCCAUCAGACUCCAGCAUACCUGUGCAGGCUGGGGGGGUGCGGUGCCGGAGGGGCUGUUGGGCAGCGUUCUUGUCUCUGAGGGUGCUCUGCUGUCAUUUGGGAGAAGAAGCCGGUCUCAAUUGUUUUCUCUUUCCUCUUCCUCUCAUUCCUGGAAUGCUAAAACUGGACUGAUGGACAUUUCAGAACUUUGUCUUCCAGACCCUCUCAGCUAUCAUAACCAGGCUUUGUUGUCCAAUUCAUUAGAGAGAUUCCUGAGUCCACUGGCCACGCUGGAGCCCUCUCAUUUCUGGCUGCUGAAUAGAAUGGCCGCUGAUGACCGGCACCUACCCUCCAGCUGUGGGUCUUACAUCAAGACGGAGCCGUCCAGUCCCUCCUCGGUCAUCGACACGGUCAGCCACCACAGCCCCAGCGGCAACUCGGACGCCAGCGGCGGCUAUGUCAGCACUAUGAAUAACCACUCCAACGGCCUGGACUCUCCACCUAUGUUCACCCCCAGCGGACUCGGGGCUGGCACCUGCCGCAAGCGCUAUGACGACUGCUCCAGCACCAUCAUGGAGGACUCGUCCAUAAAGUGCGAAUACAUGUUGAACUCCCUCCCCAAGAGGCUGUGCCUGGUCUGUGGAGAUAUAGCCUCGGGGUAUCACUAUGGGGUGGCCUCCUGUGAGGCCUGCAAAGCCUUUUUUAAAAGGACAAUACAAGGUAACAUAGAAUACAGCUGUCCCGCCACAAACGAGUGUGAGAUCACGAAACGAAGACGCAAAUCAUGUCAGGCCUGUCGCUUCAUGAAAUGCCUCAAAGUGGGGAUGCUCAAAGAAGGGGUUCGUCUGGACCGCGUGCGAGGAGGCAGACAGAAGUACAAGCGGAGGUUGGACACAGAAAACAACCCGUACCUGGGUUUGACGCUCCCCCCUCCCACCAAAAAGCCUCUCACAAAGAUAGUGUCUCACCUGUUGGUGGCGGAGCCGGAGAAGAUCUAUGCCAUGCCUGACCCCACCAUGCCCGAGAGCGACAUCAAGGCUCUGACCACGCUGUGCGACCUGGCUGACCGCGAGCUGGUGGUCAUCAUCGGCUGGGCUAAACACAUCCCAGGCUUCUCUGCUCUGUCGCUGGGAGACCAGAUGAGCCUACUGCAGAGCGCCUGGAUGGAGAUCCUCAUCCUCAGCAUCGUGUUCCGCUCGCUGCCGUACGAGGACGAGCUGGUGUACGCCGAGGACUACAUCAUGGACGAGGAGCACUCGCGGCUGACGGGCCUGCUCGACCUCUACGUGUCCAUCCUGCAGCUGGUCCGCAAAUACAAGAAGCUCAAGGUGGAGAAGGAGGAGUUUGUCACCCUCAAGGCCAUCGCUCUCGCCAACUCAGACUCUAUGCACAUAGAGGACAUGGAGGCGGUCCAGAAGCUCCAGGACGCCCUCCACGAGGCCCUGCAGGACUACGAGAGCAGCCAGCACCAGGAGGACCCGCGGCGGGCAGGCAAGCUGCUCAUGACCCUGCCCCUGCUGCGGCAGACGGCUACCAAGGCUGUGCAGCACUUUUACAGCAUCAAAGUGCAGGGCAAGGUUCCCAUGCACAAACUCUUCCUGGAGAUGCUGGAGGCCAAGGUCUGAUCGGAGGGUGGCUGAUUGGCCAUGGCAACAGAGGAGGGCUGCGUUGGCGAUACAGAGAGUGACUUGAACCGAGGCUGAGGGUCCUCAGGAGAGGGGGACCCCCACUGACUGAGACUGUCCUCUCUCGCUCCCCCUCCUGGAACCCUGGGGCACUAAAUAAAAAAGAAGAAAUGCAAAACGUGGUUAUUAGUAUAAAUAUAAAAAGGAUGCAGAUUAAUUUAAAAUAUAUAAGAAAUACUAUGUACAGUAAUAAUUUUUUGGGUUUUUGUUAAUUGUUAGUGGUCAUGCUGUAUAUGAAGAAGGACCCCUCUGCCCCUCAGCGUCUUCAGAAUAAGUAGUUGCCAGUUCUUGAUAGAGACAAGUUUUCUUUUUGUUUUCAGAAAACAAAAGUUGUUUAAAUUUGUUCAGGCAGCAAAGUUGUCAACAACCAUAAACAGACUCAGUUGUCUCCCAGUUGUGUUUUCGCCUGGACCCGACCAGGACCAUGUAUAUAUUUAUUAAUGGAAGACUGAGUGUACAGAUCAAAGUCUGGUGAACUUGGUGGCCAUUUUCUCUUGUUCUCCUACUGGAUAAAAAAAAAAAGAUGAACUAAAAUUGUUACUUAAAUGUGAACUCUUAUCAGUUUAAAUGUCCUUGGAUAUACCUCUCCAGAGCAGUGAGCCGUGUGGUCUUUGUGGAUCCUUCUCAGACUGGAAGACUUGCUGGUCCCAUGUUUAGCUGAACUAGCGUAGGCAGGUACAAUAUUCAGUCGAAUUAUUCUGUAGUAACUCAGCAAUAACGGGGCUGUGUGGGGAAGCUGAGCUUGACCUCCUAUCUCUCAUGUGCUUUUCAAUGCUGCUGUUGCUAAAAGACCAUGCCUGUAUAUCUCAGUCCCACCAGUGGGACACACCACUGUACCACUGAUGCACACCAGUGUUUCUCCUCCCCUCUCCCCUCCUGUAGUGGUUUGUGUCAGUGCUGUUUAUGCAACCCAUUGAACCCCAAAUUUGGUCAUUGCAUCUUGGCAUGCGAACAGAUGACCUGAUUCGGGUUAGGUGAAAGAUGAUCAGCGGGUUUGGUGUGGCAGUAUCAAAGGAUUUAUGCCGAGUGGCAGGAGUCCAGGAGAUUCCAUGUUCAAACAAUCAGAGGUCCAUAUGUCAGCCGCUCUAUUUUGGGCUCUUUUAAGCCUGUGGCAGAGUCAUCCUGCACACAGGGAGCAAGGUGCCCAGCAUCUGCUCUCACCAUUUUAGACACCUCCCAUCUUUUAAUAGCUGUGCCUGCAUUUAUAGAGCUUCAACCAAACGGAGGUAAAUAGCAGGUGCAGGGCCGGAGUGGUGGCACUUCACACUGGGUUUAUUUUUAACCCAGCAGGAGGUGGUUGUCUGCGCAGCCUCCCAGGAGUACAGUAGACACGUGGAACACUUCUUCUUGACCUCAUGUUGACACAGUGGCCGGAGCAGAGUAACACCUUUCCCUCCGGUCUGGAGGCGGGCAGGCAUCUGUGAGGAGAGCUCGGGAUGCCCAAGAAUGCACAUGUGAAUAGCUAUGCAAGAAACAAAGUGUCAGCAUGCAUGCUUCGUAGGGUAACAGCAACCCGACAGCGUGUCAGUACAAGGUGUGAUCUCUGGUGGGAGAACAAGAUGUUGCGCUCCCUUCUCCCUGUGUUUAGCUGCGUGUCCAUGACGCCGGGUGUGAGUAAUACGUUAGUCCAGUCCAGCAGAGCUGCCGCUCAUCUCCAUGUGAGGGAGGAUGUGUCGGAGGUGAAUACUUAUACUACUGAAAGAUUUUAUGUGAUGUGAUAAAUUGUGGCACUGUUGCAACAAUAUGAUACUGUGAUCAAAAGAAUCCCUAACAUUGCAGUAGGGUAGGAUUGCCGCCAUUCUCCAGAUAUCAGUGGCUAGCACUGAUCCAGCGACGGCAUGCUUUUUUUUACAGCAGCCUGACUGGCCAAGCAAUGGAGGAUGUUUACCCACUCCAGCACCCAAUCAUCUUUACUUGAACCGCUGUCCAGUUAACAAGCUCCACUGUAGACGGUGACAAUAUAACUUCAGUUAUUUUACUGUUGUGCAAUACAACAGGGACCAAUUCUGACUGAAACCAUGCUGAAAAGCAUGCUUUUACUUAGAUUUGGGAGAAUUUGUACGCUACUAACUAACACAGCAUUCUAAAGCCCUCUAAUUUCAAACAUGUAUCCCGUAUAUCAGAAGAGGAACUAUAUUUGAUUUGCUUAGCUGACAAAAACUCUUUUGUGCUUGUUUCAAUAAAAGUGCAGUAUAAAUUAAAACUUUUGCAGAAAAUCUUUACAACUAGUAUUUUAUAGUGUCCCAAAUGAUCAUCCAUAAGAAUCAUAAUAACGGGAGUCAUCUCAUCUUCCUGUUUCUUUUUACAUAGCAAGGUGGCACUGUGUUAAGUAAAAGAUAACAUGUCUUACAUUACAAUCUGUGUCGAAGUGUAUAAAUGUAUCAGCGUCAAUACAGUAGGUUGCCGAAAUACCAUUGAAAAUAAAGUAUGCAGCACCCUGCUGACUACUACCUCAUUAUCAUAUUGUCAAUAUUUCUCUGAUUCAACACUUUCUGCUCUUUAUCAACUUCACAUGUCUGUGACAUUCAGUACCUGAGCCAUCCAUGUUUUUAUCAGACAAACGUCCCCCCCAGUGCUCCUGCCAAAAUGUUUGUAAUCGUAGUUUCUGAUCUUCCUGUUUGUCCUUCAUAGACCUGUUUGUAAAGGUAAAGCAUGCUUCACGUCGACCACGUGACUUGGCCAUUGGUGGGUGUGACCCCCAUUUUGGUUACUAAGCGGGUAUGUGUUUUUAUGAGCAUCAGUGUGUCAGAAUUGGUCCCUUGAUGAUAAAUUGCAGACAGGGGCAGGUGACUGAUUUCCUGCUUCUGUGCUCUGAGUAUUUAUGGUGUGAAAUAUAUCAUUUGGCAAUGGUGUACAUUGAUAUCUCUGAUGGUUGAAUCACCAAUAUCUGUGUAACUUUUAUGUUUUGAUUUUCAAAAAGGUAAAGGAUCAACAAAUUAAAUACUCCCUGAACUCUGA